AUGUUAAAGUCGAUUAAAAUACCCAAGAGACUAAUAAUUAAGGUAUUCGUACUUUUAAUGGUAUUCUAUACCAUAUUUCAUACUACUAGUACUUCAUUACAGAAUCCUCUGAUAAACCAAUACAAGUUGAAAGUUCAAAGACAAGUGAAGUUAAAAUUUAGAGGAUGGUAUACUAAUUUAUUGAGUACGAAUUUGAAGUUGGAAGAAGAUAAAAAUUUUGAAAAGCAGCUCAAUUCAUUACUACAGGAGAAAUUAAAGAAUGACGUUAAUAAUGAAUUAUGGGAUAUUAAUCCUCUGAUGGAAUUACCCUUGGAUAUAACUGUUCCCAGUUAUUUCAUCAAUCUGUUAAUUGAAAAACCUAGUUAUCAACCAUUUGAUGCCCGAUUCACCCUUUCAGUGUAUUUAAAUUAUUUAGCCACUAAGAAUGUUGAGAAAAAGGGAGUUCCAUUUCAUUGGAGUGAUUGGGUUGAUUUAACUAAAUUGAAUAAGUAUAUUCUUUCCAGAAAGAAUGAAAAACCAACUUGUAAAGAAUUAUUUGAUAUCCUGAAGAAUACUAAGUUGGUUGAAAAUUCUAAAUUAUUCCCCUUGGAAGACUACUGUAAGGAAGAUUUAAAAUUCCCCCUCGGAUUUAAAGUUAAGGGUUUCAGUGGACCACAAACCAUUGAUAAUCAUGAGAUCUUAUCUAAGGCUCACUUGUACCUGUCAUUCCCCUCACCAUAUAAGUUAAUUUUUUUAACGGAACUGAAAGGAUCGUAUGAAAUCCCGGUUAUUAAUAGUCAAAAUGAUUUAAAAUAUAGUUUACUUAAUAACAAGAUGGUGGAAAAAGUGAUUAAAUCAAGACCACGAACCAAUUUACAUGAUUCCUCAAGUAAAAUUAAGUUAAAUCCUUUAAAAGCUUAUAAAGAUUUACUCAAAUAUAAUCCACCAACCAAUGGAGAUAAAGUGCUUAAAUCCAAUAAAAUAGAUAUACCGAUUGAAUCCUUCAAUGUUGAUGCCGAAGCAAUUAAAAAUGAAUUAUCCAAGAAGAGAAUCACGCUGAAGAAUGAAAUUGAAUAUUUGAACUCAUUGAAAAAUUCUCUCAGUAUGGACUCUCCACCUAAAUUUUUCAAAGAGACAAAAUUAUUAGAGAAGAACCCGCAAAAAUGGUUGGGGGAACAUUAUGAUUGGAGAUUUUUCAAUGGAUUAACUGUUGGGAAGGAAGAGCAAAUACUAUCGUUACAUCGGUUAAUUAAGAAUUAUCUUAAUUUUGCUCGACAAAAUGGAUUGAUUACUUGGAUCGCCCAUGGAUCGUUAUUAUCGUGGUAUUGGAACGGGAUUGCAUUUCCUUGGGAUACUGAUAUAGAUGUUCAAAUGCCCAUUGGAGAAUUACAUGAAUUGAGUCGACGUUUCAACCAAUCCUUGGUGAUUGAAAACGUGGGAGACGAUUCCAAGUUUGAAUUUAGUGGGAUGGGUAAAUAUUUCAUUGAUAUUGGAAGUUCAAUAACCCAUCGUACCAAGGGUAAUGGGAAUAACAACAUUGAUGGACGAUUUAUUGAUGUGGAUACUGGACUUUACAUUGAUAUUACCGGGUUGGCAAUCACUGAUACCCCAGCACCAUCAAGAUACGAUUACUUGAUUGAUAUCGAUGAAGGGAAACGAGAAAAAAUCCGAGAACACACUGAUGACAAUGGACAAAUGGACCAUUACGUUAAAAAUGAAGAAUUACCAGCAUUUAAUUGUAGAAAUAAUCAUUUCAAUACUUAUGAAGAGAUUUCCCCGUUGUUAUUAACUGCGGUUGAAAACCAAUUAAGUUAUGUUCCAAGUAACUUUAUCAUGACCCUAAACUACGAAUACGGAUUGAAUGGAUUAAUCGAGAAGAACUUUCGUGAUUAUAUCUACUUGAACAACUUUAGAAUAUGGGUUAAAACCCAGGAUAUAUUGGAUUAUCUUAAUAAUCCAUCCAAAUGGAUCCAAGAUCAAGAACCUAAAAAUAAAAGAGUGGUGGGGGCCAUUGAAAAAUUACAAAUUAAUAAAUUAAAUUUAAAUGAUCAUAUCAGUUUAUUAAAAGAUAAUCGGAUUUUUAAAGAAUAUUAUAAAAGUCGCUUUUUCACUAAAUUCCAUCAAGAUCAACUAAAUUUACUACAAUUAAAUGAAGAAUCCACCAAAGAAUUCAAUGAUUUGCUAACAACUUAUCAAAAACUGAAUGGGUUGAGCAAACCUCUAAGAGCCGAUUUAUUCAUGUAUAACUAUUUUAAGAAUGAUCGAGAUUAUGAUGCUGAAAUUAAUCACAUUAUUAAAUUAAAUAGUGUUUAUCGGGACUAA